AUGUCGCAGCCCGUUGUGAUCAUUCGCCCCACCCUUCGGCGCAUUGGGCACGGCGAUAAGAUCUCCGCGGCAGUGCCAUGCAGUAUAAAAGCAGGGCCGCUCCCCCUCAGAAGCUGUACCGCGCCCACAGCCAUGAAGACCGCAGCAGCCUUCCUCGCGCUCCUCGCGCUGGCGGCCUCCGCCCACGUGGCGCAGAAUGUGCACCACAAGAAGGUUGUCGCAGACCAAAAGAUCCUCAACCAACAGAGAGACCUUCUCCAGCUCUUGGUUCGGGUACAUCAACCUAACAUGUACCUUGAACAAAAGAGCCUUGGCGACCAGUGGAACCUGGAAGCUCAGCUCGACAGCUACAGCGACAACCAAGUCGUGAAAAAAUACAUCACCAUGUGGAAGAAGAACACUCUUCUGCCCCGUGGUGAGAUCUUCUCCGUGCUGCGAGACAACCACAUGGAGGAAGCUGUCGCCCUGUUCGACCUCUUCUACUUCGCUAAGGACUACGACACCUUCUACAAGACGGCUUGCUGGGCGCGUGACCGCGUCAACGAGGGCAUCUUCGUGUACUCUCUGCACGUGGCAGUAUUGCACCGCCAAGACACCAAACAGAUCUUGUUGCCGCCCAUCUUCGAGAUCUUGCCCCACCUUUUCAUUGACGCUAGGACCAUCCAACAGGCCUUCGAAGCCCGCAUGCAAUAUGCCGGCGUUUCCAGCCAACAGACCCGCACUGUCAUCAUCCCCACAAACUACACUCGCUUCCCUUAUAUGAAGGCCAACCCCGAGUACCUGAUGAGUCCGUGGACAGAGGACAUUGGCCUCAACGCAUAUUACGCAUACUUCCAUCUGUUUUAUCCCUUCUGGAUGAAGGCUGAACGCUACGGACACACCGUUGACCGCUACGGCGAGAUGUACUACUACGUCCAGCAGCAAAUCCUGGCUCGCUAUAAUUUACAACGCCUGGCCGCCGGACUACAAGAAGUAGAGUACCUGAAAUUCAAUCAGCCCAUCAAGUACGGAUACUCAUCCCAGCUGCGUUACGCCAAUGGCCUGGAACUGCCUACUCGCCCUGACAACUACUACAUCACCGAUAACUACGAAUUUGACAAAGUCCAGACCAUCGACAUUGAGCGCAGAAUCCGUGAUGCCAUCGAUCUCGGCUAUGUGAUCAAGAAAGACGGCUCAAAGGUCUCCAUUUACGAACCCCAGGGUUUUGAAAUCUUGGGCAGUCUGAUUUCCGGAACAUACAACUCUGUGAACUACAACUAUUACGGCGCCCUUUACAACAAACUGCGUCGCCUGCUGUCUUUCGCUGUCGACCCCAACCACAUGCACGGCGUUGCUCCAGGAGUCACUGAGCACUUUGUGUCUGUGCUGCGGGACCCGGCCUACUACCAGGUCUGUGCCCGCGUCGACUACCUGUUCCGCCGCUACAAAUCAAAGUUGGACCGCUACACCGUCGACCAGCUCGCCUUCCCUGGAGUGCGCAUCGAGAACGUCGAAGUCGACAAGCUCGUCACCUACUUCGACGAAUUCGACGUGGAUCUCAUGAACGCAAUUGAUGUCAGCUCCAUUGAAGACGGCGAGCGUCUCAAGAUCAUUGCCCGCACUCAGCGACUCAACUACAAGCCAUUCACAUACAAGUUCACCAUCAACUCUGACAAAUCCGCUAACGUGAUGGUUCGCGUGUUCCUGGGCCCUAAGUAUGAUGCUGCUGGCCACGAGUUGAACUACGAACAAAUGCGCCCGUACAUGGUUGAGAUGGACCGCUUCCCCUACAAACUGACCAACGGCCAGACUGUCAUCACUCGCAACUCUCACGACUCAACUUGGGUGAUUAAGGACCGCAGCUCCAUGUGGGAUCAUCUGCGAAAGGUUAACAACGCCAUCCACAAUCACGAGGAGAUGUUUAUCGACGACAUCGCUCAGUACUGCGGCUUCCCCCAGCGCUUGCUGCUGCCCAAGGUGUACAAGACCAGCAUGCCCUUCGUGCUGUUCGUCAUGGUCACGCCCUACGAAGGGCCCAUGGAAGUGCCCCAGACCUUCGCCAGCUGCGGCGUGGGCUUCGACGUCAAGUACCCCGACACCUACCCCAUGGGCUACCCGUUCGACCGCCCCAUCAACAACUGGGACUUCUACACCCCCAACAUGUACUUCAAGGACGUCCUCAUCUUCCACAAGAAGAAGGGAGACCUGACUAUCAACGUGUAAAUAUUUUCUAUGGAGGAGGCAGUUUAG